UUCCCCCUCGCCCUGCAAAUCGAAGGUCCCAUAGGAGGCCGGUGCUUUUGUAGAUCCUGCCGGGAAUGGGUUUGGAUCAUUGGACUCUCGAAGCGGUCACCAUGGAUGCUGGCUUUCCUUCCGUCUGGGGUUUUCAUGAGAGCAUGGAGGAUUUGAAGCACAAGCUUCUGUGCACCACCUCGGAGCUGGAAGCGCUGCGGGCCAACGCCAAGGAGGAGAUACGGAAGAGGGCGGAGAACAUCGAUCAGUUGAUCCGCCUCCUCCAAGUGAUCGCCCACGAGAGAGAUGUGGCCAGGGAUCAACUUCAGCUUCUGCUCAGCAAGAUCUCGCAGCCUAACACGGGGGAGUACUCCCCCACGCAGACUCGAGGGAGCUGCAGCGUGACCGAGUCCGACAGCCUCUCGGCGACUCCCAACCAUCAUUCCUACGGCCGCGGCGGCGCAUCUCCUGGUUCCCCUGAACUGCCGAGCAUCAACAUGGGCGUCCCGCAGCAGCAAAAGUACGACCGGGGUUCCGCCAUAAUCGACGGCCUCGCGAUGAAGAGACCGCUGCCGCGGAAGGGGAAGCUGCUGCAAGCUGUACUGGAAGCAGGCCCUCUGCUGCAGACGGUUCUCCUCGCAGGGCCGCUCCCCCAGUGGCGCAAUCCUCCGCCGCUGCAACAAUUUCAAGUUCCCCCGGUGGCUGCUGUCAGACUUCACAACGCGUCGCUGUUCGACGAAAAGAUCGUACCGGAUCAGAUCAACUCUGCGGUGCUGAACACAUCAGGUGGCACAGGCUCGUUCACGACGAAGAGGACGAUGGCCUCGCCAUGCAUGGGAAGCUACGACACCUGGAAUGUGAAGAGGCAAAAGACUCAAUGUACGUGAAGGAGAUGAUGACAAUGGCUUUCCAAGUAGCUUAGAUCCAGUUCUGGUUAGGAGGCACUAGUCUUCAGCUUAUUAUAUAUACAUAUAUAUAAUGUUUAUGAUGUAAAUGGCAGGAGUUGGUUUCUUCAUGUCGUCGACCGUGCUUUCUUUUCUGGCUUACCGAUGCUAUAAAGUUUUCUCGUAAACUGGAAAUUUCAAUUUA